AAACGAAAAAGAAAAAAAAAAGUGACAAAACUUGGCGGGUUAAGUAGCAGUUUAGGCGGCUAAAUGUAUUUCACAACCCUAACGUCUCUUUUCCUUUCCUCUCUGAACUGAACCGCCGCAGCAGCUACCUGACGGCGAUGUCUGGCGUCUCGGAUUCCAGCCACCUCGCGCUCCGCAAAGACCACGAUUCAGUUGAGAAGGAUUUUGCGAAAUUGAAAGAUUUAGUAGGAGAAGAAGAACACAUCACUGAUGAUUCUGUUCCUAAAGUCGAGAAUGAGAACGAUUUUUCGAAAUUGAAAGAUUCAGUUGGAGAAGAAGACAACACUGAUUCCAAUCCAAAAGGUAUAAAAGAUUCAGCAGGAGAAGAAGACAACACUGAUUCUGAUCCUGAAGCUCUUUCACCGCCAAAACCUAUGAAGGAGCUUGUGCCCACUUUUCCCUGUCUUGCUGAUCUAACCCGGGAAGAAUACGAUGAUAUGUUUCCCUGUCUUGCUGAUGUCUACCCAGCACAUGAACAGUGGGCGGAUUCAGAGUCUUCAGGUGAAGAUCCGAACACUGAUUCCGAUCCUAAAGUUGAGAAUGAGAAGGAUUUUGCGAAAUCAAAAGAUUCAGUAGGAGAAGAACACAACACUGAUUCCAAUCCUAAAGCUACAAUCCCUAAAUCAUAGUAUUUUAAUUAAUAUAUAUCUUGGCUGGUUGUGCUUAAUGCUGGUCUUGGGAAGUUGUCAUCUUAGCCUAGUGGGAUGGAUGAUACAUUAGCCUUUUCCGUGUGGUUGUUCUUAGUUAGUAUUCAUCCUCCUCCUUUUCAGAAACAAACAAGUUAGUUAUUGUUUGUGUCUAAUUUUAAUUAAUUUUACAUGUUUCUUGUGAUACUAUCUAUCUAUCUUUAUACCUUAUGCUUUGUUGGUUAGAACCAACUGAUACUCUUCAACAAUUCUAUUCUAAUGCUCUUGCCAAAUUUGAUUCA